CUCAGUGAGUUACUGCAUACAAACUAGCAAUGUUUGUUUGAUCUGUAUUAAUUUCAAUUAUUUUCCUGAAUUUUUUUUGGUUUAUCAACAAAUUAGACUUAUUUUUAUAAACAAUUUUUCUGUUAGUUAAGGCAGACUAAGCUAUUAUUACGAUAGAAAAAUGAUUAGCUAGGAGAUUCUUAUUGACCAGCAUAUUAGAAAAACAAUAAAUCAGGGAGCCUCUCAAGGUUUAUGUGGGCAACUCAUAUUCAUGUCUCCUUCACUCGUCUAUCUACCCAUUAAUAGUUUGAAACAUAUUAGGUUGAUCCUCUUACGUAACGAGAGCACCUUUGUGCUGCAAAUUUGACAAAGUUCACUUGCUCGCAUAAUUAAUUUAAUUAAAAAAAAUUUCAUGUUUGGUCUGAUUCCUUCUUAUCUCAGAAGGGUCUCUCUGUUUCAUAUCACCUAUGUCAACGAUGCAAAGUAAAUAUCCAUGCUAUCUGUUACAUAUCACUUCUGGCCUCUCAUCCUCGUUCUGUUGAUUGGAACUUCUCAUGGGGUUUUUGCUGUUCGUCGAUUGGGUAUGCAGGAAUCCGAUGCUCCAACACACCUGAAUUUUUUCCUUUAUAAAUUACAGGGAAGGCAGAGAGUUCUGUCAUGUGCCAAUGAUCCCAGUGUGUGUUUGGAUCGCGAGAAGAACCCAUGGGGUGGCACCACUUGUUGUUUCCAGCAAUUGUGCAAAGAUACCUUGAAGGAUCCCAACAAUUGUGGGUUAUGUGGACAAACAUGUGCCUAUGGAUUUGCAUGCUGCAAUGGAAGAUGUGUGGAUAUUCAAAACGAUCCUCACCACUGUGGUUCUUGUUUUGAGGAGUGUCCCGGACAAGCACUUCUCACUGAAAUAGUGAAACUGAUUUCUGGCUUUGUUCAUUACCACUUGUUGACUAUUGUGGCUGUGAUGCUUCCUUGUUAUUUUUAAGCUCUAAACCUAAAAGUUGCAGUCUCAUGGUAAGUGUGAUAAUGACAAUUCAACCAUCUUCAUUUCAGUUUAAUAAAGUACCAAUUGAUGGUGAGGUUGUAUCUGUUAACAAGAUGUG